AUGGACAACAACCUUACCCCAUUGGCAACACAAGGUGCCGCGCCAAAUCCAUCCGAGGCUGUAAAGCAAUGCAAGAAGCGGACCAAGUGGUCCAAACCAACGGAUCCAUCUCUCGAGCAGAGAUAUGGUUCGAAGGAGAUAGCCCUGGACGCCGAGGAAUUCUCGGAAAACGCCCCUUCUCAGUUAUGUCUGGAGGAUCAAGCACACUGGGAGAGACUCCGCCCAGCUUUACUAAAAUUUCACGCGCGUGGGAGUGACUUCAAGAACACCCACUCCUUCCAGAGUCGCCUCACCCAAAUAAGGCGAAGCCUUCGCGGUCUGAAGGAAGUCUCGAAUGGCACCCGUGCCAGAUUUAAGAUCUUCGAUCAUAAGAUCCGGCCUAAGGGCAAAACUGCCGCGCGGGUAGGCAAAGGUCCUGGUCAAAUUAUGCAUGAGAGGUUUGGUUGGAUGAGGGUAGUCUGUGGGCCGAGUCCGAGAAGAUCGAGGGGUGACGGAUCUAGCAGGCAUCCCAUAAUGCUAGACUGA